AUGAAGUAAUACGCGAAGAGAAGUCGAUGUGAUGAAAAGAAACGCCUAAAUAAGUGAAAGUAAGGUUUUAUUCAGAAAAUGCACGAUUUCUGGAAAAACGUGAUUAGAUUUUCGAAUCUUUUGGUUAAAAAACUUUACUUACAUUUCUGAGAAUGUCUUCGAACCAAAAGGAAGUAGAAUAACAGCUCGCUUUCGCGGAAAAACCGAUCGUUUGCCGGAAAACAGUGAAAUUUCGUUGAAAAAUUUUUUUUUUCUGCUUCUGCGAACUGUUCCUCUACUUUUUUUUUGGUUCGAAAACAUUCACAGUCAUGUAAGUGAACUUUUUAAACCAAAAGAUUCGAAAAUCUAGAGACGUUUUUUGAGAAAUAUUUUUUUUCCAACGAAAUGUCACUGUUUUCCGGCAAAAGACCAAUUUUUACGCGAAAGCGAGCUGUCACUACUUUUUUUAGAUUUUUUUUUUCACAGUCAUGUUAGUAAACUUUUUAAACCAAAAGAUUAGAAAAUCUAGAGACGUUUUUCGAGAAAUCGUAUAUUUUCUGAAUAAAACAUUGCUUUCAUUUACUUACGCGUUUCUUUUCAUCGCAUCGACUUUUCUUCGCGUAUUACUUCAUCUGGAAUCUGUAAAAAGGUCUAAUUGAGAUAGAAAGCAGAGAAAAACGCUUUAAAGAGAUGAAUAUUUGGAGAAAAUCUCAUUCAGUUUUUUUCUUGUUGCAGGCCGCCGACAGUGGAUCACCGUCCGAGCAGUCAUCGACGACGACCGCCGGUCGUGCAGUCAUCGACUGAUUAUGAUGGUCUAUCGACGGAUGCACCGGAUAGCCAACGCCGUCAUCGCAUGCUGUCUCGUAAGUUGCCACUCAAAUUACUAAUAAAAAAAACUCAUCUCGUUUCAGUUCGGAUUUAUUGUUAUUUUCCUAAAAGCGCCGACAGAAGAGCAGCGGUUACGGGACGGAGUGCCUGUGAUCGACCGGAGGCCCGGAUGGUCUCCAAGCGACUGGAAAGGACUGAACAAAGACGUGGCCGAGCUGCUGAAGAACGAAUCCGCACGGUUAGCCAAUGGCGAUCGGCCCGAUUGGAGUGGAUGGGAUUUCAAGCGUGAGUAUUUUAAUUUCCUUGCACGGGACUUACAAAUGUUUGAUUGCCCGAAAUUCAAUCAUGUUCGCUUAGAAAUAUAAACUGUCGCGCAAUAAUUCGAAAGGAAGCACGCAGUGCCGGUAAUUUACAUUUCCCUUCGCGUAAAAUUGAAAAAAAGAAAAAAAUCGUUGCCAAUAUUCAAAUUCAAAAACAGUUUUCAGCUAGUGACGGGAAAGCGCUCACGGGCGCCGAGAUCGUGGAGUCUGUCAGUUUUCUAAACGAAAACUUUGACAUUCUUAACAUCGGAAAGUUCGGAGACUUGAGCAAUGUAAAGACGGUUCUUGUUAUACAGGUAACAAUUAUUCGUUUUCUAUUCUUCCACUCAACUGUCGACUUCAGGUUCACGACCGUCCUGUUUACCUACAGUAUCUGAUAGAAUCGAUGCGGAAUACGAAAGGAAUCGAAGACACUUUGCUCGUUUUCUCUCAUGAUAUCAACGUCGGAGUCAUCAACGAAAUGAUCCGGAAUAUCACAUUCGCAAGAGUUUAUCAGAUAUUCUACCCGUACAACUUGCAACUUUUUCCAUCCGUGUACCCCGGUCAAUCACCUUCGGACUGCGCGGAAAAGAUGAAAAGGGACAAAGCCCAAGAGACAAACUGUUCGAAUUGGAGCAGUCCAGACAAGUACGGGAACUAUCGGGUGGCGCAGUUGACCCAAAUCAAGCAUCAUUGGUGGUGGAAGAUGAACUUUGUGUUUGACGGAAUCGUCGAGAAGUUCGCAAUGAAUGAUCCAUGGGUGCUUCUGCUCGAGGAGGAUCAUAUGCUGGCUCCGGACGCGCUUCACGUGCUCGACAUCAUUGUCUACAAUCGACCCAAGUUUUGCGCCAACUGCGAGAUCAUUUCGCUCGGAUUCUAUUUGAAAUCAACGAACAAGUACGGGCAAGACAUUUCUCGUUUGGGCGUGCACCCGUGGUACAGCAGCAAGCACAACAUGGGAAUGGCUCUGCAGAAGAACACGUGGCAGAAAAUCAAGGGCUGCUCGGAGAUGUUCUGCAAGUGGGACGACUACAACUGGGACUGGUCCCUCAUGCAAAUCUCCGCCAAAUGUCUUCCGCAGCGCUUCCGAGUGAUAUUCGCGAAGAGUCCGAGAGUCAUUCACAUUGGAGACUGCGGAGUGCACACUCACAGGUACCCCUCCGGUUGAAUCCGAUCCAGACGGAACGCUAUCUUUCAGAUGUGAAGCUCACAAGGCCCUUCAGUCGACGCAGGAGCUGUUCCGCGCACACAAAGAUCUUCUGUUUCCGAGCACGCUGACUGUCACCGACAUGUCCAGAAGGUCACUGAAACCGUCGAAGGAGAACGGAGGAUGGGGAGACGUUCGGUCAGUUUUCCCGAGUUAAACAAAGCAUAAAAUGCCAUGUCCACCCCCAAAUUUUUAACAGUGAGUCAGUCGAGAAAACAUAUUUAAAAAAUCAAAAGUCAGAAUCAGAUUCGUGAAUAAAUAGAGUACAAAAAAACUUUAAUCCCGCACCUUUUUUUAAACUAAAUUUUUUUUCAUUUUAUAUCGUUUAGAUGAAAGUAGACUUUAUUUCUAACACUUUGAACCUUGCAUUUUUUUGCAGAGAUCGGCAACUGUGCGAGAUCAACAAGACCCCGUUGGUCCGUGUCUCCGCGAACAUUCCGUCCGUGCUCCACGACAUGCUCAACUCAAAAGUGUCGUUCCCAUCCAACACAAGUGCGCUCACGACGACUCCCACCAUUCCGCACACCAACUUAUGA